AUGUGGAAGGACUUCACGAAUUCUCUGAGUGUUGAUGUAAAGCUACAUUCAGUUGGAAUUCCGAUUGUCUGUAAAUGUGAUUGUUGCUCAAUGGGUGGGUAUGAGGACUUGAAUCAUGUUCUUGCGAUUGGUAACUUUGCAAAAGAAUUGUUGAACCGAUAUGUGGUACCAAAAGUUCGCAUAUGGGGGCAGUUGUUGGGGCUCUUACCUGUUGUCAUCACGUGGCUUCCUUGGCUGAGGAGAUACCGUGCUCGAGUAGAAGGAAUAAGUGAGUCUAUCAAUCACGUUUGGAUGCAAUUGAAGUACUGGAGUGCUGGAAUUGGAGAUAAACUAAAAUCUACCAAGCAACAGUCGGUGAGGGAUAUAAAAAUUUUAAAGGAUCUUCAAGUGCACGUAAGGGGCCCGAAGCAGAGGAGUCCUUGUCUGGUUCACUGGUCUCAACUGAUUGCAAGAAGAAUGAAGUUGAACGUAGAUGGCGGUUCGAGAGGGAAUCCGGGUCCAGCAGGAGUAGAGGGUGUCUUGAGGGAUUUAGAUGGUAAUGUGAAGAUGGCGUUUUCUGUUAGUUUGGGAAACGGUACUAAUAACUUUGCAAAACUAUUGGGGCUUUUACAUGGUAUUCAGAUUGAUCAAGAGCAGGGCUUUGUUGAUCUGGAUGUCGAGCUUGAUUUUUGGGUGGUUGUUCACUGGAUAAAAGAAAAGAGAUGUAACACAUGGUAUUUUGAGGAUUUUUGGGAGGAGGUAAUGGAGGUCUUAUAG